AUGGCGCAGAGUGCGCUGCUGGACGGCCAUGGCUACGGAGACCCCUCGACUCGGGCAACGCAACGUACUCCCUCGAUGUCCGCGCCGGAGAUAAGAGCGAGCCAUGCCCGUGUCGUGGGGUGGGAGGUCGGUCGACAGCAGGAUAUCCCGUCAUGGCAGGCGCAUCAUCAAAAUGUGCGAGCAAUCGAUCUGGGCUCGACGGGCAAGGGCAUCCUUAUUGGCAUGCUGUCCGCAUUUGGCUCAGCUGCGCUCGUUGGUCUGAUAAUUGCCGCUGUCUACUUCUUCCGAUAUACCAACCGUGGACGCAUUCUGCUGGAUCGGAUGAGUCGGCCUGGAGAGUUUGAUGAUGAACAGGCGUUUAUGCGCGAGGAAGAGGAUGCACUGGACGAGAUGGAUGAGCGGCAGAGGGGGGAGUACUUUAGGGCAAAAGCUUUCGUACAAGUGAAUCCACCCGAAUCCGUACAGACCGAUAUAUCACUAUCACAGUUCUUAGCGAUCCAGGAGAAAGGCGUUUCAGCCUGGGAAUUUGAGCCCGAACUGGAGAUCGCAAACUGCUUUGUUGAAGCAAGGACCGAGAUAGAAUUCUUCGACUCAGAAUGCAGUGUGCAGAGCAAUCUCCCUGUUCCAAAGCAGAACGAGGUUUAUUAUUGGGAGGCAAAGCUCUACGAAAAGCCAGAAUCCACCAUGAUAGGAAUCGGCCUGACGACCAAGCCAUAUCCACUCUUCAGAUUACCUGGCAUGCACAAGUAUUCCGUUGCGUAUACAUCUUCGGGACACCGCCGCUUCAACCAACCCUUUGGCUCCACAGGCUACGGACCACCGUUUGUGCAASGAGACGUUGUAGGUGUAGGAUACAGGCCACGCACUGGAACCAUAUUCUUUACACGGAACGGAAAGAAGCUUGAAGACGUGGCGCAUGGACUGAAGCUUCACAACUUCUUUCCCACCGUAGGAGCCAAUGGACCGUGCACCGUUCAUGUGAACUUUGGACAAAUGGGCUUUGUAUUCAUAGAAGCCAAUGUGAAGAAAUGGGGUCUCGCCCCAAUGGUUGGAAGUCUAGCCCCGCCUCCUCCAUAUGGAAGUGAAGCCGGUAGCAUCCUUUUGGAAGGUGGAAGGGACGGCGUGCGAGAAGGUAUGGGUUGGACGCCUGGGCAUGCGCGAACAAACAGUGCGCAAAUACGGCUUCAAGGACGACCAACAAGGAGUCCUGGUCCAGUGAGGUCACCGACCGAUAUCUCGCUUGCACAGUUCAACCUAAUGGAUUCUUACGAGGAGGAGGUCGAUGAAGAUCUGGGUGAAGGCACGAGCGAAGCAGCGAACAGCCAGCAUUUGGUUCCGGGGCUUCCGAUGGAGCCAUCCGAACAUCCACCUCCCGAUUACGAAAGUCCCGACGAAGAUGAGGGGGACUCAGAUACUACCGCGCGGCCAGGGGGAACGUCUGAGCGCGAUGAGAUGAGAAGAUUGCUAAACAAAAGCCCGCCUAUACCCACUUAUGAGGCUGCAACAACCGGUAGAGGGCGGAGCUCAACACGAACGAGGCCGAGAAGUGACUCAUGA